AUGGCAGAAGAGAGCAGCAAACUCUUGAUGCUUGCAGUUGAUUGCCCUUUCGCAAAGCUCCCGGAUCAUCUUCUGGUAGAAAUCUUUGUUCGUGUUCCAGUUUCCGAGUGGGCCCAAUUGCCGUCUGUGAAUAAGUACUGGGCUAAUUUGUUCCGGGAGGACUACUUGUGGCACGUGGCUCUCGUCAGAUGUUUUCCUUUGUCCGGCCAAAGUAAAAAGUGGCCAGGCCCUAUUCCUCGUGGGCUGAGCAAAAGGAGAUUCAUUGCUCUGUAUAUGAGUAAAUGGAUCUGCCCUGUAGAUGACGAGCUGAGUGAAAUUGUCGGUCAUACGUACUUGUAUUUGAAAGAGCAGCUGCAGAUUUCAAAUAUGCCUCCUCCUUCGGCGAUUCUUCACGGGACUAUUAUAGCAGAUCAGUUUAUUGCUUGUGGCGAGUCAAGGGAUACUGCGCACGAGCUGGCUUCGGUCAUUUGGUUGGCUGUUAUCGACAAUCUGGAGGACAAUCAUCAGACUUUUUUCUUACUUAAACGCCUUGCACUGGAGGGAGAAGUGUUUUUGCCUUAUCCAUACUCGAGAUCGUACAAAGUCGAGUGGAAGAUAUUCGAAAGGCUGUUCACAGAUUUUCGUGAUUGCCUGCAUCAUUCGGAUUACUACGAUUUACUGGCAACCGCAAAACAGAAGUUUCAGCCGAUACCAGCAACUUGGUUAGGCUACUAG